CAGUUUUCUCUCUCUCUCUGCUAGCAUAGGGCCUAUGGGCGAUGGCUGUUUGGCAACAAGUCCUUGCGCUUGAUGCGAAGUACAAUGCAUACAGAUCACCGAAUAAUCCGCAAUUCCGCACCUUGUACAUACGACGAAGGAGUCAACUUUUGAGAGAACAUGCUAAGAAUGAGAAAGAUGGAUCUUCAAGGAAAGAGUACCUUCAUCUGCGUGCUCAGCUUCUUAGUUCCCGUUAUGGAAGUCCGUCCUUUUCAGACCAAGGGAGCAUCAAGAGCAGGUCAUUCAGCUUAAGAAGCAUUGGGAGGAAUACAGAGAGUUUGGAGUCUAUGACUGUCGGUGGCAGUGACAAUCGAAAAUAUCAUCACCGUCGACAUAUGAGCAACAGUUCUCUAAAGUACCUGUAUGAAGGUCCUAUGAAACAUGUUUAUGACAGUAUCGAAGUGGUGCCCACCAGUGUUGCUGAGGCUAGCAAAGCCAUGGCAGGGGGUAAAUCACUGUCAGAGAACUAUGCUUUCAGCGGCAUGCAUCACAUCUUUGAUCAGCACUCAGCUGCAGUAACAAGUGUCAAGUUUGCAAAUGACGACAAAUCCAGAGUGGCGUGCUGCUCCCUCGAUGGCACUUUGUCGAUCUGCCAGGUGAUUCCGCCACCAGCCACUGUCAUAUGUAUGCUGAAAGGUCACAAAAGUGGAGUUACAGAUUUCGUCUGGUCCUUGUCAAAUGAUGUGAUACUGUCUGUGUCGCUGGAUGGCACUGCCAGGCUGUGGGAUGUGGCAGCUGGAUCCUGUAUGCGAGUCAUUGAGGACAGCAUCGGCUCAGAGCUACUCUGUUGUGUGUUCCAACCCUUGAACAAUAACAUGUUUGUAACCGGAAACAGUCGCAGUCAAGUUCAAGUUAUGAACAUGUCAACUGGAAAAGGCUACAAAGGUGGCAGCAGUAAAGUAACGGGCCGUGUUCAUGCGUUGACUUUUGAUGCAAGUGGAAGAAUUCUGUGGGCUGGAGACGAGAGAGGAUCAGUCUAUUCCUUCACUGUGGAUGUUGCAACAGGGAAACUCACAAAGACCAGGCGGAUGACUGUAUCAGAGGGUCAUCCAAUCACAAGUUUAUCUGCGCGAGCAUGGAUCAGUCGAGAAGCGAGGGACCCUUGCUUACUGGUCAACUGCUGUGUCAAUUCUCUGUGUUUAUUUAGGAUUGUCUCUGAAGAUGGAGCAUUGCAAUUGAGAAAGUCUUUUCCUAUUAAGCAGAGGACUUCAUUUGUCAAGAGCACAUUCUGCCCUCUCAUGUCUUUUAGACAAGGGGCUUGUGUCAUUUCUGGCAGUGAGGACAUGUGUGUGUAUUUCUUCGAUGUGACAAAAGAAACGAAGCCUUGUGUAAACAAAUUGCUGGGUCAUUCAGCCCCUGUAAUGGAUGUAGCCUUCAACUGUGAUGAAAGUCUGCUAGCAUCUUGUGAUGCGAAUGGGAUGGUCAUCAUUUGGAAGAGAGAAGGAAAGCAAGGGAUACUGUAAUAUUCAUUGAAAGAGCACUUAAUUAGCUUUGAGAAGUUUUCAUUUGUUGCUAUAUCAUGGAACUACUUUUCUACAAUGUAUCAUGAUAGUAAUUAUGGUUUAGUAAUAGACUUGAUGAAAAAGUGACUGUGACUUACUUCAUCCUUUUUUAUGCUUGGCAUGUUAUAGAUAAAGGGACUUUUUGUCUUCAUGUGAGAAAUACUACUUAAUCAUACAUUGAGAGGUGUCACUUUGAGUUAGUUCUAUUUCCUGUUUUCUCAAUGUUUUAUUAUCCUGAACUUUUUUAAAGCAAUUUUUUAAACAUCCUUUUCUUCAUUUGAUAAAACCUGUUGCAUUUCAAUUUAAGAAUAAGUAUAUAUGUAUACUUGUUAAAGAAAAAAGCAUAAGAACUUUUGAUAGGGAUGGAAGGUAAACUAAAUGUCCCUUCAGAACUGUUUGAGAUCUCUGUCUUUGCUGCUUGGUGAUUUCUUUAUAUUGGAGCAAUAAUUUAUUAUAUUAAAGUACAUUUGUAAACUCU